AAACGCCUUUUGCCUUAUACCGCCAUCACACACCUUCCCUCGUCCCUCGUUCCUCCCCGCCGCCAUCAUGGAGGUUGCUCUGAAAGCCAUGGAUGCUCUCAAGAACAUCCGGGAGACGCGGUUGAGCGCGCUUCGUUCUCCGACUGAGUUCUUCGACUACACGAGGGUUUCUAAGCCGGAGAGCUUCAACGUUGCGACGCAGCGCAUAACCUACAACACGCGCUAUUUCUCUGGCAACUAUGUCAUUAUCAUUGCCAUGCUCUCCGUAUAUGCGGUCAUCACGAAUCCCCUCCUUCUCAUCUCCGUCGGUUUCCUUGUUGGAGGCUUCAUGGCGAUCAACAAGUGGGCCCCCGAGCCCAUGCAGGUCGGCGAGCACACGAUCACCCAGAAGCACCUCUACACGGGCCUCUUCGUGAUCGGCAUCCCAAUGCUCUUUGUCGCCUCGCCAUUCGCCACCGCCUUCUGGAUCCUCGGUGCAUCCGGCGUCCUUAUCCUCGGGCACGCUGCGCUCCUCGAGCCAGGCAUCGAGAGCGAGUAUGCGUCUGUUGAGGGUGCUGUUUGAGCGAUGCGGAGGUUGGACGAGUGGGUGAGGUACGGGACCGGCUUCCGUGUUUUUAUAGUCGCGUUACAGGCAAACUAUUAUUUGGUCUAUAUCGGACAAUGGACCUGGCUCUUUUCCAAUCGUC